AUGGGGGUUCUGAAUGACACGGUGGUGCCGCAACUCUUCCAGGACGUGUUCAAGCCAGUCCAAGCGCAGCUGGACGAGAAGGCUAGUCGAUUCAGCCAGCGCCUGCGCAACGUCAACGAGCUCGAUACGCGUGGAGAAUCACGGUUCCCAGACUGGCAUCGACGGUCCUUCUCCGGCGCGUCGCUUUCCAGUUUCCAGGGCCUGAAGUACUGGCACGGCCCGCAGGGCAAGGCCCGGGCAAAUGCAAAAAGGCAGGGCGAGAAGGACGAGGACGAAGAGGUCGAGGCACAAGUCGUCUUGAAGACGCCGUGCCGCAUCUGCCACUGCCUGGAAGAUGAUCUCGAGGACCCGUUGGUCGCCCCCUGCGCGUGCAGCGGGUCCCUGCGCUGCGUGCACAGCUCGUGUCAGCGGGCGUGGCUGUUGCACAGGCCGGGCCCCCUCGAGUACAAGUGCGAGCUGUGUGGCCACGCGCUCGCGUGCCACCUGAGGCUCUCCACCCGGGUCGAGAUCAUCACGACGUUGGUGAUCUCCGCAUCCGCGUGGACACUGCAGCUCUGGUCUUUAGUGAGGACGCUGCUCUUGGCCGCCCGGGUCGUGGUCGCGACCUACUUGUGCCGGUUCUCGGGAGCGCACCCACAG